AUGCUCAUAGGAAAAGAUUUUUUUUCAAUGUCAGACGAGAAUGAAAAAAAUGGAAAAGAAAUACGAAAGGAUAUGCACAUUUUAAUGCCAUCAACUAAUCCCAUCAUGUCCAAUAUUAAUCCACCACCACCGCGUGUAGAGAAAUAUAUUGUAGAAGAGGAGAUCACAGUUGGUAUACCUUUGGUUAGACCAAAAGAGGCCUUUUUAAAUGUUCUUAGAUUGGCAGGGGCUAAAGUUGAAGUAUUCACCAGGCAAGAAAUUGGUCAAUAUUUAAAAGAUUAUAUUGGUGGUAGAAAGUUAUAUGAUCCCACAGAUCCUAGAAUAGUUUAUUGUGAUAAUGAUCCAUUAGAAAAAGCUUUUAAUGUUACCAAAUUUACUUUAGACAAUGUCAUGGAUUUAAUCAAUAAAAAUGUAAGUCUAGUACCUGAUACUUGUAUUAAACGAAUGAGACAGAUGGUCUAUAGAACAAUGACUGUUACAUCACCAACUACUAAAUCUAAUACAGAUAGUACUAGGUCUACACAGGUCAAUGAGAACCUAGCAUGUAAUACAACACAUAGUAUUAAACCUAGUCCAAUUACAAGUACAACAACAUCACAGGAAGAUAAAAUUAAUACAACAACAUCAAAUAUCAAUGUAUCUGAUGCUGAACAUAAAAGAAAUAUACCUGCAGAUACAAAACAAACAGACACUAAAGAAAAUGAUUCAAAGUCAACAGAAUCUAAAAACAGUAGUUCUGAUAGAAAAAGAAAAUCAGAUAGUUCUAGUGGUUAUGCUGAUGGUCCUCCAUUGCGUAAAAGAAGAACAUCUCUUAAUGUAACGUUUAGUGAUAAUGAAUCAGCCUCCUAUCCCUGGUAUUUUCAAGUUCAAGUAGAAGAUGAAACAGAUAGUGAGAAGGAAGAAAGAGAAAAGAAAGAAGAUAAUAUAAAUGAUAUGUGGUUAGUAGAAGAAGAUACUAUAUCAGUACAAUAUGAUUCCGAUGCUUUUACUAUAGAAUAUGAUGUUGACUCAAUAUCCAGUACUAAAUCUGAUAGUGAUAGUAUUUCUAUACACUCAGGAAAGGAUAUAUUUGUCAUCUGUAAUGAUAGUGAUGUAGAAUUCUGGGCUGAUUCUAGUGGCAGUGAUGAUGAUUCAGAUCCUGAAAUACCAGACUCAGAUAAAUGGUCAUGUGAAGAAUGUCUAGAGAGAAACACUCCUAAACAAGCUUAUUGUGAUAAAUGUUGGAAAAUGAGGCCUGGAUGGUUUUCUGGAAAGGAAAAACGCAAACCAACUUUUAAAUCCUCCUCUAGGUCAUUAUCUGCCCAUGUUAGUAUUUCAUCAUCAGAGAGUAGUGAUGGUUGUUUAAAUGUGAAUAAUCCCUCCUCCCAUACACCUAGCUUAUCAUCUUCAGACAAUACAUCUCCCUUACAUCCACAUAUACUACCAUUAUAUAAAGAUGAUUCCGGUAUUAGUUUAAACUCCACUCAACCUUGCAGUCAAGAGUUACUCAGUCAAGAUAAGUGUUCAAGUCUAGAAACAUUGAGUUCAGUAAGUUCUUCUUCCAUAGUGUUAAAUACUUUAUCUAACUUUCAAGUUGUAAACAAACCCCAAUCUGUGUUCAAAGAUAAACAAAUAAAUAGAAAACAAGUGACAGAAAGUGAUAAAUUCUCUUCUACACCAAUUUUAUCUUCAUAUUGUUCACCAAAGAAAAUCUCCUCUAAAGGUGCAACAAAUAAAGGCGAUAAAGAAAAGACCGCUGAUACAGACUUGUGUGUUGUUUGUUUAUCCAGACCUAAAACUGGUAGUAUUAUACAUGGUAGCUCUGGACAUCAAGUGUGUUGUUUUAAAUGUGCAAAACAAUUAAAGCGAAAGAAGAAAGCUUGUCCAGUCUGCAGACGACCAAUACAGAAAGUUAUUAGGAAUUAUUUAUUGUAAUUUGGAAACUUUAGCCAUAAUAACAUCAGUUAUUUAAUAUUUAUUUUCAAUCCUUGCCAAGUAAUGUAGAUUUUAACUUAAAGUGUAAUUAUUAUGGUACAAUGUGUGCAUUUUCAAACACCUUGCUGGUAGGAUUUGUAUUCAUUCUCUAGACAUUUCAUAUAGCUAAUAUCCUUUGGGAAAACAUAAGUGGAUACUGUUCUGAUUGCAAUUCUAGGAAAUUUGGUAUGUAUACUAGAGAGAUCUUAAAGUGCUGUUAAUGAUAGUUUUACAUAUAACUGCUAGUAGUAACUACCGGUACUCUGAAAUAAUCUAAAUUGACAAACUUGACUUUUAAAUGAUAAUGACCACAAUUCUUAUUCUAAUCAACCAUAUUGUCUGCUGUGUACUUUAUACACUGUGAGCAACUGCACUUAUUAUAAUAUCAAAUUCCAUGCAUUUCAUCUAUUUUAUUAAUCAAAACUGAUCACAUAUAUUGUAUGUCAUAUAAUGUUCAUUAAAUCAAAUUUUAAUAAAAAGUCCAAUAUGUAUACUGUGAUCUGUGAAAAAAAAAUAAGAAGAGCUUUCAUAAUCGGCAAGUGCAAUGUUUUAAAUAAAUUCUAUUGCAGAUC